AUGGACGUGGACCAUCUCAAGCAGCUGGUUUGAUAGAAAAAAUGGAGAGCUUUAAAUUUGUUUUCAUUUUGAAGUUAAUGUUAAAGUUGUUUGGUAUCACAAACGAGCUUUCAAAAAUCUUGCAAAGAAAAGAUCUUAAUAUUGUGCUUGCCAUGGAUUUAAUUAAUGUUGUCAAAGCUCGGUUUGCCACAUUGAGAGAUAAUGGUUGGGAUAAUUUAUUUUUGGAUGUACAGGAAUUUUGUGUUGCUAAAGGUAUUCCGGUGCCAAAUAUGGAUGAUGAAAUACCGGUUCGGGCUCGUUCAAGACUAGAAGGGAGGACUGUCGCUAAUAUUCACCAUUACCGUGCAGAGAUUUUGUAUGUUGCUAUUGACAAAAUAUGUAUGGAGAUGGAUCAUCGCUUUAGUGAAGGAAGUAACAUUGUCCUUGAUUGCUUCUCAUGUCUUGACCCCAAGAACUCUUUCUCCAAAUUUGAUGUUGAUAAGCUUGCUCGUCUUGCUGAUAUUUAUCAUGUUGACUUUUCUGAUGAUGACCGUGGAACAAUAAGGGAGCAACUUGACACUUAUGUACUUCAAGUGAAAAGGCAUGCUUCCUUUUCUUCUUGUGAAGAUGUUCAAAGUUUGGUUAUGAAGAUGGUUCAAACUGAGAAACAUUUGGUAUUUCCAUUGGUCUGCAAACUCAUUGAGUUGGCUUUGAUAUUGCCGGUGUCGACAGCAUCCGUUGAAAGAGCUUUUUCAGCAAUGAAGAUUAUCAAGACUAAAUUGCGCAACAAGAUUAACAAUGAGUGGUUAAAUGACUUGAUGAUAUGUUACACCGAGCGGGAGAUAUUCAAAUCACUUGAUGACAUUGAUAUUAUUCAAACAUUCACCGCAAAGAAAUCUCGAAAAGGGCAUUUACCUCCUAAUUUUAUCUAGCACGCUAUUUGCCAGGUAAUA